AUGAAAGAAGGAUCGAGGGCAUUGCAGGGGAAUCUGGAGCUUCAACUGCAAUGUGAAGUGGGAGGUUUUGACUUUUUCUCAUUGGCUUUGGACGAAAGCUGUGAUGUCCGUGACACAGCUCAGUUACUUGUAUUUUUCCGUGGGAUAACGGACUUCAAGAUUACGGAGGAGCUGGAAGCAAUGCGGUCAAAGAAAGGGACUACAACAGGGAGCGAUCUGUUGACGUUGGUAAAUGCAUGCAUAGACACGCUGGGACUGAAAUGGGACAGACUGGUCGGUGUCACAAUGGACGGUUGUCUAAAUCUGACCAGGAAAAACAUCUGA